GCCCUCACGACGCCGCCACCUCGGGAACAAGCCAUGGUGGUGGCGGCGGCGGCGGCGGCGGCGGCGUGGCUGCUCCUGUGGGCUGCGGCCUGCGCGCAGCGGGAGCAGGACUUCUACGAGUUCAAGGCGGUCAACAUCCGGGGCAAACUGGUGUCGCUGGAGAAGUACCGCGGCUCGGUAUCCCUGGUGGUGAAUGUGGCCAGUGAGUGCGGCUUCACAGACCAGCACUACCGAGCUCUGCAGCAGCUGCAGCGGGACCUGGGUCCCCACCACUUCAACGUGCUCGCCUUCCCCUGCAACCAGUUUGGCCAACAGGAGCCUGACAGCAACAAGGAGAUUGAGAGCUUUGCCCGCCGCACCUACAGUGUCUCAUUCCCCAUGUUUAGCAAGAUUGCAGUCACCGGUACUGGUGCCCAUCCUGCCUUCAAGUACCUGGCCCAGACUUCUGGGAAGGAGCCCACCUGGAACUUCUGGAAGUACCUUGUAGCCCCAGAUGGAAAGGUGGUAGGGGCUUGGGACCCAACUGUGUCAGUGGAGGAGGUCAGACCCCAGAUUACAGCGCUCGUUAGGAAGCUCAUCCUACGGAAGCGAGAAGACUUAUAACCACUGCGUCUCCUCCACCACCUCAUCCUGCCCACCUGUGUGGGGCUGACCAAUGCAAACUCAAAUGGUGCUUCAAAGGGAGAGACCCACUGGCUCUCCUUCCUUCACUCUUAUGCCACUGGUCCCAUCAUUCCUGUGGGGGAAAAAAUUCUAAUAUUUUGAUUAUUUGAAUCUUACAGCAACAAAUAGGAAUUCCUGGCCAAUGAGAGUUCUUGACCAGUGAAUCACCAGCUGAUAAGAACAUUUUGCCAACGAAAAUGUGUGGCAAAUAGAAGUAUAUCAAGCAAUAAUCUCCCACCCAAGGCCUCUGUAAACUGGGACCAAUUAUUACCUCAUAGGGCUGUUGUGAGGGUUAGGAUGAAAUACCUGUGAAAGUGCCUAGGCAAUGCCAGCCAAAUAGGAGGCAUUCAAUAAACAGUGUUUGCAUAUAAACCAAAAACUAACUUGUUAUCAAUAAAAACUUGCAUCCAACAUGAAUUUCCAGCCAAUGAUAAUCCAGGCCAAAGGUUUAGUGUUGUUAUUUCCUCUGCAUUAUUUUCUUCAUUACAAAAGAAAUGCAAGUUCUUUGUAAAAAUCCAAACAAUACCUCAUGAUAUAAAAUAAAAAUGAAAAUAUCCUCCUCA